AUGGAAAUGAUGUAACGUAGUGAGGUCCUUGCGACUGGUCCAGGUUAAAAAGAUGGAGUCAUGCUUGGCCCUAUAUUGGACUCUUCAACUGUGCUGUACACAGAUACAGAGUGCUAACUAUAUUAGGGUUGUUUUCUGGGGCGGAAAAUCUUCAAAGCUUCGUAGUUCAAAUUUUACUGUAGUAUAACACGAAAGUCAAGGCUGCCAGGGCUAGAGUCAUGCUGAAAUAGAAAGGGAGAAUAAAUGAUUGUGCAGAUUACAGUCUAAGCUUCCAUCCAGAUCAUCACACUAAUCAGCACCACUAGAAGACAAUGACAUCCACUCAAUUACUGGAAACAGAUCUGAAAACAAGACAAAGUGAACAAUGGCGGACAAAAAAAAGGCUCGUUCAAACUCCGCCCCUAUGGUGAAGUACGGAACCAUGCAAAAUCCAAGAACUACUGAUGCCAAUCACAAGGCUCGUUCAAACUCCGCCCAUGCUGUGAAGUUCCACACCAUGCGACCUACGAGCUCUUGUGCUAACCAAAAGAAAACCUGCGAGACAGACAGAGGACAUGAGCUAAAAGAAAGAGAUGCGGAUGUCGCCAUCAAUUCGAGUGAACAAUUAGAGGAGAAUGAAAUACCACCGUCUGAUAAUCAGGAUAAUCUGAAUCAAGGAAUGAAAACGUGCAAGACAGACAAAGGGCAUGAGCUAAACGAAACAGAUGAGGAUGUCGUCAUCAAUUCGAGUGAACAAUCAGAGGAGAAUGAAAUACCACCGUCUGACAACCUGGAUAACCUGAAUCAAGGAAUGCCUCGUUCCAGGUCCUGUCCUACAAACAAAUACAACACCUGGGCUCCAUCCAGAUCGUCCGAGAAAAAACAGACUAGUUCAAACUCCGCCCAUUCGAAGUAUCAUACCAUGCGACCUACGAGCUCUUGUGCUAAUCAAAAGAAAACAUGCAAGAUAGACAAAGGACAUGAGCUAAACGAAACAGAUGCGGAUGUCGUCAUCAAUUCGAGUGAACAAUCAGAGGAGAAUGAAAUACCACCUUCUGACAACCUGGAUCACCUGAAUCAAGGAAUGCCUCGUUCCAGGUCCUUCCCUACAAACAAAUACAACACCUGGGGAUCAUCCAGAUCGUCCGAGAAAAACAAGAGUAAAGCUGAUUGUAAUUGCAAACAAGGAGCGAACGAGAGAAAUGGACGAAAAGAAACUGGUGCAGAAGGCUGUGAUCAACCGGACGCAGCGCCUAAAACACUACAAUCGAACCAUGCAGCUGAAGUUAUAGAUGAGCCAUCGGUCGAUCUUGUACAUGAAAUUACCUUUCGAUCACUGUCCGAGGAAAUUGGAAGAGAAUGGGAAACACUGGCCACGUAUUUAGGCGUCGGAGAGAAAAGAAUUGAGCACAUCAAAUAUGACAACCCCAACAAUAUCAAGCAACAGAUAUAUCGUAUGCUGUUGAAGUGGAAGUCAAUGUGUGACGACUUUGGGAGCAGCUCUUUCCAUUUUCUGGCUGAUAAUCUUGAUCGUGUUGAACGGAAACCACUGGCAGCGCAACUCCGCGGGGACUUUAAGUAAUGGUGGUCCGGUGUGCCAGGAGAUUCUGUAUCACCGGAGAUUCUGUCCGCCCCCCCCC